AUGGACCAUCGCGGCUACUCCUUCUGCAUCAAGCGCUCGUGUCCUGAAACGAGCACUGUCUACUACGUCUGCAAGAGGUUUCGCAAAGGAUGCAAGGCAAAGAUAACUGUCCGAUCAGGUGCAGUUGUAGCAGACGGGGCUCUACAUACGUGCGACGUGGCGGUGCCACAUGUCAUUGAUGUGCGCAGCGAAAUGCGCCUAGAGCUACAGCGACGCAGCGUCAGCAACAUGGCUACCCCUCCACCAGUUGUCUGGCAAGAGGUGUACGACGGGAUCAAGCGACUCCACGCUGCCGACGACGCCACGCUCACUAUCAUCCCAUGCGCACCUGCCGUCUCUAUAGUGAAGCAGACACGCAAGGAGUGUACGGGUGGCGAUGUAUACGAGGCCAUACUCUCUCCAUCACUGUUGGUCCAAGGCAAGUCGCAAGAUAUGAAUUGGCGGGUGCUAAAUGAGCUCAUCAUUUUGAGCAACAGGCAGUUGGAGCCUGAAAACGUCACGUGUGACUUUGAAGUGGCGUUAAUUAACGCAGUUCUGGAUCAGUUUCCCCGUGCUAACCUCGUAGGGUGCCUGUUUCACUGGAAACAGGUACUACGCCGUAAAAUGGUCGAUCUACGUAUUCCAGACAGCCAAAUCAAAAGCGCGCUCGGCCCCGGCAAACUUGAUUCGCUUGCUGUCAUCCCUGUGGACCAAAUCGCAAAAAAAAGUGUUAGAUACAUCCGCAGUAUUGUCGACGAAACUAGAGCAAAGACAAAGUGGAAUGCAUUCUGGAAGUAUUUUUUAAAGACUUGGAUGGAAAGGUAUGACGCUACGACGUGGAAUGUUCAGGAGAUGAUGCGUGUUGGGGUUGAUGUGAUCAACCGUACCAACAAUCCAUUGGAGAAGUACAAUCGUGACUUUGCGUCCCGAAUGAGUACACAUCCUGGCCUUUUAGCCUUUAUUGAAGGCACCAAGCGUGAGGCUGCACGCUAUAUCCGGCGUAUCGAGGAUAUAAAACACCUCCGCCAGACAGCCUCUCAGCAUGCCCCACCAGCGAAACUGGAAAUUCCUGAAGACUACGAAAGCUUUGAGUAG